AUCUUUUUCCGUCAGUGAAGAUAAUUCAUUUGAUGAGUGGAUUAAAAUACAAACUGCGUAAAAUGCACGACGAGGUUGAUGUUCUUUUAGAAGAAAUAAUCAAUGAACAUGAAUUUCAGAACAAGGGGCCUACUGAAGAAUUUAUAGUUGAUGUUCUCCUAAGGCUUCAAAAGAGUCAAGAUUUUUCAAUUCCUAUCACAAGGGAUAAUAUCAAAGCUAUAAUUAUUGACUUGUUUUCAGGAGGAUCUACAACUUCAACAUCAACAAUGGACUGGGCUUUCUCAGAAUUAAUAAAAAAUCCUGAAAUAAUAAAGAAAGCACAGGAUGAAGUGAAAAGUAUUCAAAGGAAAGGAAAAUGGAAUUGACCAAACUGACAUUCAGAACCUCAAAUACCUAAAAAUGGUAGUUAAAGGGAUUGUAAGGUUUCAUCCUUUAGCUCCAUUAUUAGCUCCAAGAGAAUCCAGGGAAGAGUGUGAGAUUAAUGGCUAUGUUAUACCCAAAGGCACAAUGGCCCUUGUGAACUGUUGGGCAAUUUCAAGGGAUCUAAAUUAUUGGCAAAAUCCUGAAACAUUUGAUCCUGAGAGAUUUAAUAAAAGUUACCUUGAUUUUACUGGAGCUCAUUUCGAGUUUACGCCGUUUGGCACAGGAAGGAGAAUUUGUCCAGGAUUAUCAUUUUCAAUAGCUACUGUUGAGCUUAGUAUAGCACUGUUGCUAUACCAUUUUGAUUGGAAGCUUCCAAAUGGAAUGAACCCUCAUGAAUUGGACAUGACUGAGAAAGUUGGCAAUGCUCUUGAAAGGAAAAAUAAUUUGUUCUUGAUUCCUUUGCCCUGUGUUCAUGCCUAAUGC